UGCCUCUUGUCACAGAGAGAACGGAUCACUUAAAUGCAGCUGCGGUACUUCUGUGUGAUACCUGUCAGAGCCAUUCCCAGUGCGAGGUUGGGUUUGUGACCAUGAUGUCAAGAUUUGUCUGUCUUCUUUUCUGUGGAUAUAUUGCACUAAACCUGGGAAAUACUCAGAAAUUGCCAAGAGUGAAAAGGCAGAGUCUGAAGGUUCAGAUCAAUGCAACAGAUGACACUGUUUGCAUGAGGUAUCUUCGACCAAGUCAAAGCACCAAACUAGAAGGUUUUGUCCUGGGUUAUGGAAGCAACUUCUUUUCUAAUCAGUACAUUCCUUUACCUUCAGAAGGAAAAAACUACAUAACAGAACUUGAUGCAGAGCCGAGGUAUUUGGUUUCAGUAAGACCAGCACGUGUUUCAAAUAACAAGAAAUCUUGUUCAGGUCGGAACAAGACACAAAAGCCUCUGCAGCUGGUGGUUGGCACCCUCACCCCAACCUCUGUAUUUCUCUCUUGGGGCAUCCUAGUCAACCCUCAGCAUGACUGGACAGCAACAAGUAACUGUGCUAGUGACAGAUUCUACACAGUUCGCUACAGAGAAAAAGGUAAAGACAAGAAAUGGGUUUUUCAGCUCUGCCCAGCCACAGAGACAGUGAUUGACAACCUGAAGCCAAACACACCUUAUGAAUUUGGAGUUAAAGACAAUGCAGAGGAUAGUAUUUGGAGCAAGACUUUGAAUCAUAAGACAGUUCUCUCUAGUAAAAAAGUAAAUGGACAAAUCCAGAAUAUGUACAAGUUGGUACCCAAUUCCCAAACACAGAUUAUAUUUAGUGAUAAUAAGAAGUUGGUCCCUGUCACAAUAAUCAAACAAAUUAUUCAAAAUCGGACACAGUCAAAAGCACCAGAUAGUUCUUCUCUCCCAGGAGCAAUAUUAGUGCACCUUAUUGUUCCAGGACUCAAUGAAAGUCAGCAGAAACUUCCUCCUCUCCUGACAAUAGAUGACAUACCUCAAGCAUCCAGGAAAAAACUGGCUAAGAAUGAAACUGGAGUAUGGCCUGCUGAAUCCAAAACACCAGAAGUUCAAGAAAUCUCCCCACAGUCCCUUCCAGCUCAGGCUGAGAAAACACAUGGACCUGAAGAUUUUAAAUCAACGCCUAAACCCAAAUUGGUGCAAACUCAAAAUAUACCGGCUUCUAACGAAAUACAGCUACUUCCUUCUGGAUCCAGAAUCCCUGAUGCUCCAAAAAGUCCAUUGACAGAACUUGCUACUCAGAGGCCAGUCUUGAAACCCAUAUCUCUACCUUCUGCAGAAACGAGAGAGAUGGAAAAGGCUUUUGAGGAAAAGCAGACUGUUUCUUCAGGAUCCAAACUGUCUGGUACCAUGGAAGUGCAACCAACCCGAUCCGCUUCACAUGACUUUCUUCAUGUUAUUUCUACUCCCCAAACUUUUACAUCCUCAGAAAUACCUGGCACUGAUUUAGGUGAAAGGAAGCCUCUUUCUUCAAGAUUCACAACAGCUGGCAUGCCAGAAAUGCCACCAAUCUCAGCUGCGACCAAGAGACCAGACCUGGAAUCGACCUCGCCUGCUUCACGGGGAACCACAAGGAAGGCUCCUCGAAGACCAAGGCCGAAGUCCAGCACUCCUUCCUCCCCGGCAACUCAACAAACUGUGAUGGCCUCACAUGACUUUCUUCAUGUUACCUCAACUCCCCAAACUACUACAUCUGCAAAAAUGUCAGAGCAAGAGACUGCUACCCAGGGAUCAGGCCUGAAAAGCACUUCUCAUCCCUCCAUGGAAACCAGAGGGAGCGUGAUGGCUUUUGAUGAAAGUCAGCACAUUUCUUCAAGAUCUGAAACGUCUGGCAUCCGAGAAAUGCCAUCAGCUGCACCUGCUCUCCCGAGGCCAGUUCUGGAGCCCACACCUUUUCCUUUCCUGAAAACCACGAGGACUGUGAUGGUUCCUCAGAGACCAAAGCUGAAAUCUACUUCUCCUGACCUUGCAAGCCAAGGAACAUUAGAGGCGACCAAGAGACCAGACCUGGAAUCGACCUCGCCUGCUUCACGGGGAACCACAAGGAAGGCUCCUCGAAGACCGAGGCCGAAGUCCAGCACUCCUUCCUCCCCGACAACUCAACAAACUGUGAUGGCUUCACUGGACUCUAAUCAUAUUAGUUUCCUGUCCCAAACUUCUGCAUCUGCAGAAAUAUCAAAACCAGAGACUGUUACAAGUUCAGCUGACCUGGAAAAAUCUCUGCCUCCACUUUCCAGAACACCUCAUGUGCUAAUAACAACCGCGGUUUUCGGUGGUAUUCAACCUGUUCUUUCAACUCCUGUGGCACCUAGUAAGCCUGAAAUAGCAGAAGCUGGACCAGCAGCAAGAAGUGAAUCCAUUCUGGAAUCUUUCACACCUAAAACUUCCCAUCCUUUUCAAUGGCCAAGGGUAACAUUAGCUCCAAAAGAAAUACCACUUAUUCCUUCUAAACCGAAACCAUCUGCUACCCCAGAAGUACAACAUGUGAAACCUGCCCCUAAACCACCACUUUUGGAGCCUAAAACUUCUCAGACUGUUGAACAACCAAAAGCAACCCUAGCUCCUAAGGAAGCAAAACUCACUACUUCUGCAUCUAAACCUAGACCAUCUGCCAGACCCAAAAAGCCACGAACUAAACCUGUCUUGGAACCUAUUACACUUAGAAUUGAACCACCAAGGUCACCCAUAGGCCCAAAGGAGACUCAACGUGUUCCUUCUAAACCCAAAACUUCACCCAAACCUCAUAUCCCACAAGCCAAAGAUGUCCUGGAAUCUAUAACACUUAGAACUGAUCAACUAAAACCAACAAUAGUUCCUAGAGAACCACAGCAUGUUCCUUCCAAACCUAGAACAUCACCAAGCCCAGAGGUGCCACGAACAAAACCUGCCUCUAAAGAUAUAUAUCACAGGCCUUCCAAACCGAAAACAUCACCCAGUCCACGUGUUCCUCCAACUAGAGCAAGUCCAAAAGAAAGUCGACGAGUCCCUUCCAGGCCCAGGGCAUCACCAAGUCCAGAUGUACCACACACAAAACCUGCUCGUAAAGAACCACAGCAUUUUCCUUUUAAACCUAGAGCAACUCCCAUCCCAGAUGCUCCAUACAGGAAGCCUGAGAUUCUUCCAACCUUUGAUGAACGAGAUGCUACUAUGAUUCCUCAUAUUCCUGAAAGAACAAAGGCACCAUUUGCUCCAACUGAAAAACCGUUCAUUCACACCAAACAAAAAACAACUGAAAGACCAAGAGUGCCAUACACCAAACCUGCAAUGUAUCCGACAACUCCACAACCAAUUAUUACAAAAUCUUCUACUACCACUGGUCAUUCAAGGGCAACAAUGGCUCCAAAAGAAACACUGCUCAUUCCUUCCAAAUCCAAAACAUCUGUUGGGCCAGAAGUACCACAAACUAAACCUGUUCCCAAUGAAACAUACCACAUUUCACCCAGGCCCAAAAUUGGUCAAGCAACUGAAAUUCCUUGGUUCCAUACAGCACCUCAUAAAACUCGUCUCACUUCUGCAAGACCAAAGCCAUCGGAUAAAUCACAGACCAGACCUGCUUUUACUAAAACCACACUAGCACCAGCCAGAACAAAAGCACCUGGACUGCCAAAGUGGAUUAUGCCAACAACAGAUUACCUGUAUACACCUGAGGCUACUGCCAGACCAAUUGACAUGGGUGUCAAAAGACCUCCAGAAUAUUUUGACACCUGGCAAAAGCCAAUUUCUGUGACUUCAUCACCUGGCCCUCAGCACCCUCCUAUACCUCCUGCCAGGCCUACACAAAUGAGAAGAAAACCUCUGCCUCCUAACACCGUGACUGGUAAACCAGGGAGUCCAGCUAAGCCUGCUGGACCAACACCACCUGUGAGGACAGGAACAUUAUAUAAGACACCAACAGCUUUUGCAACUCCGGAGUAUUAUGUUGAUGAAACGGUCUUCAGCUCAAGUCCUACAUCAGAAACAGAUUCUUCAGGAAAACCAAGGUACCAAGCCCCCCAUGUCAAGUACAUGAAGAAAGAUGAUGAUGUGCCUUGCUCCAUCACAAGCUCUCUUGAACAUUUUCCUCAAGAAGAAGUUGGCAGCAAGGAAGAACCCACUCGUCCUCCUCAAAAUCCCCCAACCAACCUCACCGUGGUGACUGUAGAGGGCUGUCCAUCCUUUGUCAUACUGGAUUGGGAAAAACCAGACAACGACACUGUUACUGAGUAUGAGGUUGUAUCAACUGAAAAUGGAGGAAGUGAUGGUGAAAAGGAGAAAUCAAUUAUCACGACAAAUCAAACCCAUUCUACAGUGGAAAACCUAAAACCUGACACAAGUUAUGAAUUCCAUGUGAAGCCUAGGAACCCCCUUGGUGAAGGUCCAAGUAGCAAUGUUGUGGCAUUCAGUACUGAAUCAGCGGACCCAAGAGUGAGUGAGCCAAUUUCAAUGGGGAAAGACGCUAUCUGGACUGAAAUACCAUUCAAUUCAGACACAUAUUCAGAAUGCAAAGGCAAACAAUAUGUAAAGAGGACUUGGUAUAAGAAGUUUGUAGGUGUGCAGCUGUGCAAUUCUUUGAGAUACAAGAUAUACCUCAGUGAUUCACUUACAGGAAAAUUUUAUAACAUAGGAGACCAGAGGGGCCAUGGAGAAGAUCACUGCCAAUUUGUAGACUCAUUCUUAGAUGGAAGGACAGGACAGCAAGAAGAUCUACCAGUCAAAGACGGGUUUUUCAGGGCAGUUCGUCAGGAACCUGUCAAAUUUGGGAAGAUAGGCGGGGAGACUCAGAUUAACUACGUCCGCUGGUACGAGUGUGGCACAUCGAUACCUGGCAAGUGGUAGAUGCCACGUGAGGUCGGUGCAGAGGCCCAGCCCAACUGCCCAGCGCAGGCUGCAGGAAGGCAACGCUUACGGUGCGCCCGGCACUUCGGUGUUGGCUGAGUGCGAGGCUUAUGCCAGUCUAAUGCCAAUACUGCAUUAAUUGUGUAAUAGUGUAGGCUGCUUACUGUAGUUAUCCAGUGUUACAAACUUGUUUUUAGAAUAAAAAGAAACACAGGCUAGGGACAUGUUGUAGGAUAAUGUAUAGGGAAGCUGGCUCCCUAUUCUUGAGGUAUGGUUUAUAUGGUAUUUUAAAAGAUACAGUGUGUAUAUUAUUUAUCACGAUGUUGUAAUAAAUGUUUAAGGCACAGA